UUCUUGGGGGUGAGGCUACCUUCUUGUUGAGGGGUUAUUCGGGCGGGUGGGGCGGAAAUUUUUCAGCUAACGGCCGGCCAGGUCUCCCUGAGUUUAGGGACGAGAUGGUCCCGAUUCCUUCAGUUUGAGGAUGAAGUGGAUAGGAUUCCGUCAUUUGGGGAAAGCAGGGAGAUGGGUCCCUUUCAGUCUGAAGCAAGAAGUGAAAAUAGGUUCCACUAUUUUAAGGAAGACGUGGGGUCAUUUCCCUUUAGUUUGGGUAAGAAAAGGGACGGGUGGGUGCCCCUCGGCUCUGGGAAAAUUGAGUGAGGAGGUAGAACGUUUUUCUCAGUUUAGGCUAAGAUGUGGGAUGGAUGCCCCACAGCUUGAAUGAAAAAUGGAGACGGUCCUCCUCAGUUUGGGGUGAGAUAGGCCAAAUGCCUCUCAGGUUUGGGGAAAAAGGUGAGUGGAUCCCUUUUAGUUUGAAGGAAAUCGAUAGGCUGCGUUUUCUCAUAGUUUAAGGAAGGAAGAUAUAGGUUCCCUUCUGUUCAUGGAAAAGGUGAGACUUCCUUGUACUUUGACCGAAACGGAAGCUGGAUGCUCCUCGAUUUGGAAGAACAGCUUCCUUAUCAGCCUCGAAUGAGUUGGGCCCCGUGUGGGUCUUGGGGUUUCUGGGGACUUGAAGAAGGACAGCGUUGUCCAUCACGUCUUUCUGGGAGCGCCCAGUGCGCGUGCGCAGCGCUGGUCUGGGCGGGGGCCCGAAGGGGGUCCUAGGCUCUGGAGGGCGGCGGCGCACUGCCCCCUGCCGUCUGCACGCGGCAGCGGCGGGGCCCGCGCCUUCAGUACCAGCUGCGGGCUCCUCGCCGCGGGUCUGCACUAGCUGUGAGGGAGAUGAGCCCCUCCGGCCCGCACCCCGCCCCCCGCAGACCCCCUCCCCUUCCGCGACCCGCUACCUCCUUCGGCGGGUGGGAAGCGGCCGCGCCUCCGGAGGGCUGGGGCACCUCACAGCUCUGAAACCGGGUCAGAGGAGCUUUGGGGAAGGUUUGGGGGAUUGGACUCGAAGGAAUAGGUUUCGGGACUUGGAGAGCUGGACUGGGGGGUUUCCAGAGCUCAGACUGGUCUAGAGCGGGAGGAGCAGGGGUCCAGAGUCCGGACGCCCGGGGCACGGUCUCGGAGUCCGGACCCGGCUUGGGGGUUUCGGAGCUGGGAUUGGGGGGAGCGAGCCCCACGUGCUUGUGACGCGGGGGCGGCCGGUAGGCGCGGCGGCGACGCGGGGCCGGCGGCCGUGCGGUGCUGGGAGGGCUGCUAGGCAGGCAGCAGGAUGCUGCUCGCCUCACUCCCGCUGCUCGGGCUGCCCCUGGCGGGGGCGGCCACCACCGAAGCGCCCACCCAGGAGCCAGGGUCGUCCGGCGAGCCUCCCCCAGGGCUGGCGCUCUUCCGCUGGCAGUGGCACGAGGUGGAGGCGCCCUACCUGGUAGCCCUGUGGAUCCUGGUGGCCAGCCUGGCCAAAAUCGUGUUUCACUUGUCUCGGAAGGUGACAUCGCUGGUUCCUGAGAGCUGCCUGCUGAUUUUGCUGGGACUGGUGCUUGGAGGCAUUGUCUUGGCUGUGGCCAAGAAAGCUGAGUACCAGCUGGAGCCAGGCACAUUCUUCCUCUUCCUGCUGCCUCCUAUUGUGCUGGACUCGGGCUAUUUCAUGCCUAGCAGGCUGUUCUUUGACAAUUUGGGUGCCAUCCUCACCUAUGCCGUGGUGGGCACACUAUGGAAUGCCUUCACAACAGGUGCUGCCCUGUGGGGCCUGCAGCAGGCUGGACUUGUGGCCCCUCGAGUGCAGGCCAGCUUGUUGGACUUUCUGCUUUUCGGGAGCCUCAUCUCAGCAGUGGACCCCGUGGCUGUGCUGGCUGUCUUUGAGGAGGUGCACGUCAACGACACUCUCUUUAUCAUCGUCUUUGGCGAGUCCCUGCUCAAUGAUGCCGUCACCGUGGUGCUGUACAAGGUCUGCAACUCCUUUGUGGAGAUGGGCUCUGCCAACGUGCAGGCUGCUGACUACCUGAAAGGAGUCGCCUCCCUGUUUGUGGUCAGUCUGGGCGGGGCAGCUGUGGGCUUAGUCUUUGCCUUCCUCCUGGCCCUGACCACACGCUUCACCAAGCGGGUCCGCAUCAUCGAGCCGCUGCUGGUCUUCCUCCUCGCCUAUGCAGCCUACCUCACUGCUGAAAUGGCCUCGCUUUCUGCUAUUCUUGCGGUGACUAUGUGUGGCCUGGGCUGUAAGAAGUACGUGGAGGCCAACAUCUCCCAUAAGUCACGCACGGCUGUCAAAUACACAAUGAAGACUCUAGCCAGCUGCGCUGAGACUGUCAUCUUCAUGCUGCUUGGCAUCUCAGCUGUGGACUCUUCCAAGUGGGCCUGGGAUUCUGGGCUGGUGCUGGGCACCCUCUUCUUCAUCCUGUUCUUCCGAGCCCUCGGCGUAGUCCUGCAGACGUGGGUGCUGAAUCAGUUCCGGCUGGUCCCUCUGGACAAGAUUGACCAGGUGGUGAUGUCCUAUGGGGGCCUGCGGGGGGCUGUGGCCUUCGCUCUCGUCAUCCUACUGGACAGGACCAAGGUCCCUGCCAAGGACUACUUUGUGGCCACCACUAUUGUGGUGGUCUUCUUCACAGUCAUUGUGCAGGGCUUAACCAUCAAGCCACUGGUCAAGUGGCUGAAGGUGAAGAGGAGUGAGCAUCACAAACCUACCCUGAACCAGGAGCUGCAUGAGCACACUUUUGACCACAUUCUGGCUGCAGUGGAGGACGUUGUGGGGCACCAUGGCUAUCACUACUGGAGGGACAGGUGGGAGCAGUUUGACAAGAAGUACCUGAGUCAGCUGCUGAUGCGGCGGUCAGCCUACCGCAUCCGGGACCAGAUCUGGGAUGUGUACUAUAGACUCAACAUCCGGGAUGCCAUCAGCUUCGUGGACCAGGGAGGCCAUGUCUUGUCCUCCACAGGGCUCACUCUGCCCUCUAUGCCCAGCCGCAAUUCUGUGGCAGAAACCUCUGUCACCAACCUGCUGAGGGAGAGCGGCAGUGGAGCAUGUCUGGAUCUGCAGGUGAUUGACACAGUGCGCAGCGGCCGGGACCGGGAGGAUGCUGCGAUGCACCACCUGCUCUGUGGAGGCCUCUACAAGCCACGCCGCAGGUACAAAGCCAGCUGCAGCCGCCACUUCAUCUCAGAGGAUGCUCAGGAACGGCAGGACAAGGAGAUCUUCCAGCAGAAUAUGAAGCGGCGGCUAGAGUCCUUUAAGUCCACCAAGCACAACAUCUGCUUCAACAAGAGCAAGCCACGACCUCGCAAGACUGGUCGCAAGAAGAAGGAUGGCUUGGCUAACACUGAGGCCACAAAUGGGAAACCUCUGCGAGACCUGGGCUUUCAGGACACAGCUGCUGUGAUCUUAACUGUGGAGUCUGAGGAGGAGGAGGAGAGUGACAGUUCAGAGACAGAGAAGGAGGACGACGAGGGGAUCAUCUUUGUGGCUCGGGCCACCAGUGAGGUUCUCCAAGAGGGCAAGGUCUCAGGGAGCCUUGAGGUGUGCCCAAGCCCACGCAUCAUCCCCCCCUCCCCAACCUGUGCAGAGAAGGAGCUACCCUGGAAGAGUGGGCAGGGAGAUCUGGCAGUCUACGUGUCCUCGGAAACCACCAAGAUUGUGCCCGUGGACAUGCAGGCGGGCUGGAACCAGAGCAUCUCGUCCCUGGAGAGCCUGGCGUCCCCGCCCUGUACCCAGGCCCCAACUAUGUCCCGCCUGCCUCCUUGCCCACUGGCCGCUGAAGAGCCCCAGCCCCCUUUCGACCUGCCUUACGAUCCACGCCCUAGCUUCGCCUUUCCACCAAGCCUGGCCAAAGCUGGCCGCUCUCGCAGUGAGAGCAGCGCUGACAUCCCCCAGCAGCAGGAGCUGCAGCCCCUCAUGGGACACGAGGACCGCACCCAUCUUAGCCCACGCACAGCCAACUCCCACUGGUGCAUCCAGUUCAACAAAGGUGGCCGGCUGUAGCCUACGGGCUCAAGGAGGAACAGAGGCUGGACCCCCCCCCCCCAAGGGAAGUCUUCCCUGGGCAAUGGACAGAGGAGCCCACUUAGCCUGACAAGGGGCCAGAGGAGCCUGAACUAGCAACUGGACUUCCUUGGGGCAGGUCAGAGGGGUAUCCUGGACUGGUCCUCACAGGGGCCCUUUCACCACCUUCCCUGCUCCUAAUCCCUGCCACCUUCCCUUUCAAUAAGGCCCUUACCCUGGCUCAAGACCCCGUCUAGAACUUCUAGGUCGUAGGCCCAGCCACUUGGGAAGCUGAUGCCCUUUCCUCAGUGGGUCCCCCUAGGGUCACUCUAGGCAGCUGUUCCUGCCCCCAAAGUGAGGGCAUCAUUCCAUAGCUGAUGCUGGCCUUUCCUGCCCUCCACCCACUCCCCAGCAUCAGCUCAAGGACAGUGCUCUGGCACUGAGGCUAUUCGAGGGGCUGGUCCUCAAGAGAGAUGGGGUAGGAGGUGGAGCAGGCCUCAACCUUAGGCUUUGCUGCCCUGUUGGGUCCGCUACCUAUAGCCAGUUGUGGGGGGCGGGGGGACAGUGGGAACCUGUGUCCAAUUCUUGCUUUAUUUCCUUCCCUUUGCUGCCGGUUACUGGGGCCGUAGUUCUUCCUUUUCCAGGAUCAAGGCCACAGGGCUGGGCCAGGCUUCAGAUCCGGGCUAUUUCUUGGCAGGGGUCACUCUGAAGAUCUGCUGCUCUGUAUCCAAGUCUGGAUCUUUCAGAUUCCUGGGUCUGGAUUUUCUGAGGAAGGGAGUUAGUGGCCUCCGGGCCGGGACCACCCUGACAUUCCCCAAAUAGGAAAGGAGCCAGGUAUUCCAGGGCCACCAUCUCACUGCUCUGGGGCUGGGAUACCUGGCUGCAGUGGUAAGCGGGCUGACUGGGUGGCAGGAAAAUUUCCUGGGGUUAGCACCUGUCCUGUGUCUUGUAUCUUGAACCUAAGACACAUUAAACAUCUCUCGGAUGAA